AUGGCAAGAAUUUUACAAGCAAAAGGAAAAAUAGUAAGAAGGUUUGGUAUCAAUAUCUUUGGUAAUCCAAAAUACGAUAAAUUACUCAAACGAAAACCAGCUCCACCAGGAGAAUUACGUCAAAGACGCCCACGCCAGACUGAAUUUGGACGCCAGCUUUUGGAAAAGCAAAAGCUUAAAUUUAGCUAUGGUGUUUCCGAGAGACAGUUACGCAAUAUAUUCAAAAAAGCAAAGGUUAUGGGGGGUGUAACAGGCUAUAACCUACUCUUACUGUUAGAGAGAAGGCUUGAUAACGUUGUAUAUAAAGCUGGGUUUGCAAGCAGUAGAAAUCAGGCACGGCAGUUUGUAUCUCAUGGUCAUAUUCUCUACAACAACAAAAGAGUAACCAUACCCUCCAUAAAUGUGAAAGUGGGAGAUAAGAUAGAGGUAAUAGACAAGAAAGGUUCCGUAGUCCUUAUUCGUCGUUGGCUUACUGAAAAUAGCGCUCGAGCUGUGCCAGAGUGGUUAAAACGUGAGGAAUUAAAUGUAGAAGUAACUAUGUACCCGACACGUGAUAUGAUACCAUCAGUAGCAGAAGAGCAGCAAAUUGUGGAAUUCUUUUCCAAAUAG